AUGGUCUCUGACUUACCUCUGGAAUACAUCUUUCAUCAUGUUUUUCUUCCUCCGAAAUUGCCGGACAAGGAGGAUGAGCGAGAGAAAUAUGAUGUUGUACUUACGCAACUUUGUCAACAGGAGCUUCAAAACUUUCAUGAUUUCCUGCCAAGUGAUCAAAGACAACCAGUCAAAAGGAUGAUCGGGAUGAUAGAGGGCAUGAUUCUUGAUUCAUCUGCUACUGGCACACUAUUUUCAAACAUUAUCAAAGGUUUAAAAACAAUGGAAAUUGAAGAUGUUUACGCUUUUCACGUCGAGGCACAAAAUGCAGGAAUAAUAAUUCGACGCCUCUCAUCAGAGUAUUCAUUCGAGAUGUUUGAGCUAUCACCGAGGAAUACAGAUAACAUGGCGACUGUCGGACGAUUACGAAGAUAUUUCCCAGGUCCCGCAAUAGCCAUCCAUCAGAACCGCAUCCAAGAAGAAUCAUUCCAGGAAGCUCUAUCUCAGUGCAUUGAAGAGCUCUCGCGAGAGACGCCAAAUAUUGUCCAAGCGAAAACUCGUAAAGCAAAAGUAUCUGACAUUGAGAUUCGAGACACUGUCGACCCAUCCCUCAUAACCAGCAUGCUUGCGGAGUCUCUGCAUGCCGUUGGUCGUCGUAUUGAUAUCCACCGCAUUCAAAAGAGAACCCGUGAUAUCGUCCAGUGGAAAGAUUGUCUUUAUCCCUGGCGUCGUUCACCCCUUUGGCUCCUUCUCCGAGUCUGCCUUCAGACUGGACUUAUGAAAAGAGAUUGCAAUGAUCCAUCACACUACCAAUACAAAUCUUUUAUGAUCUUUUUCAUGUCCCAAAUUCUAGAACGCGCACUAGAGUCUCCCAUGUCCAGAGAAGUAUUGUUCAUAAUGUCGAUGAAGGUACAACGGCGCUUAGUCAAACUCGAAAAGUUUAUUGACCGUGAGCUACAGCGGCAGAUACAGGAGGUGUUGUCCAAAGUCUCAUCCUACUUGAAAAACAAUGUGCCAAUGCUGUCACACCCAAUAUACCCUGAUAUCGUUGCACUCAACCUGAUAGAAGACACAGCGCUUACCAUGAACUUUCUCCGACCUUACCUUGUCCGUUUACUGGCACGAAAUCAAUCAAAACUAAAACACGCACUUGCUGAACCUUCUUGUCACUUUCGAAACUUUCAAUUGAAUACACAACUCCCGUAUAUGAGUACCCAGUCUUUAGGUUCCCAAAAUAGAGAUCUAAUUCACUUGGAGUUGGCAGACAUCGAACUGUGGGUUCGAGAUCAUUUGGCUAGUUGGCUGAGUACACAUCAAAAAUAUGAGUCAAGUUGUAUCGCUCUGGCAGAUCUCUUAUCUACCUACCAGGAAGUCUCUGAUGAAGCAUAUCAAGGGGUUCCCGAAGACCAGUCCGUUAGAAUCUUGACUUUGCUCGAUCUAUGGGUCGCAUUAGACAAAUGUACAACUUUACAAGAGCCACUUGUAAAGGAUUACAAAUGUGGAUUGACAUCAGACUUGUUCGCUCCUCUAUUGUUACCUACUAAGCCAGAAAUGCUAAGAUUAGCCUCUAUCGAAGAAUACAUUACUAUUAGAAAUGCUGCAUCAUCCGCCGAGAUGCCAUGUAUCUUCUCCACAACAAGCACUGCGAGAAGCUUUCCUGUUCGCUACUUCGAUCAAUCGUCCCAGCACCAGAGGUUACUAGAGAGGAUCAGCUCUGAUGCUCGCUCUGACCGCGAAGCAAAAUUGCUCGAGCUAGAGGCAAAGAUUCGACAGUACAAUUCCUGGAAAGAAAGUGAUCAAUCGACCGAAUGCAGAUAUGAGAAGGUUAUUCGCGGUCGAGGACAUAAACGCCAUGAAGUCACUGUCCACGCGAGUUAUUGUCCGAAAUGCAAUGCAAAAAAUGCGGCCAAGCAAGUCACAAUAGAUGUUUUUGAAUGUCCUCUCCCAGAAAAUGUUUUAGAGGCCAAGUCGAUAACAUUCGAGCUUGACGUGCCUAAAGUCUUUUCAGCUUGGCGCGAUAGCACGUAUGGGCUUCUAGUGGACACUCUAUCAUCAAAGCCAAGAGUUUCUCAGAACAUCGAUUAUUACAAUUUCAGAAACACUGCUUUGGAGCGUUAUGCUCAGAAAUCCUUGGGGAGAAUUCGCUUGGGGUCUCGUAAUAAGCCAUUUGUCAUUUCUCACUAUAAGAACAAGUUUGUUUCUCAGGCUACAGUUGAAAACAUCCUGAAACCAACUGGGCUGAACUACAUGGUUGUAGAUAAUGACGGAUCCGACCAAAUAGCAGUGACGGGUGAUUUCUGCGCAAAUUUGGGUAUCCGAAAGUUAUGCACCAUGAGAUUCGCUCCAGCUUUCAUAAAGCUAGAAGCCUUUCUAGAAGACACAAAGUCUACGACCAACGAUACUCUUGCAAAACAAGCAGACUGCCCGGCCACAUUGACUUUACACGAAUUCUAUCAAUUUGCAUCUCUUAGAUGUGGGAAUUAUCUUCAAUGGCUUAAUAUUCUGCGAGAGAGUGAAGCACGAUUACUUGAUUUGAACUCUGAUGAAGUCUUCCAAAUACUGACACAGACGGCAUGGCAGGUUGGCCCCGCAGCUUGUAAGCUCGCAUGCCGAGAUUCACACCAAGAUCUCGAGGACGAAGCCUUUGGGAUACAUCUUUUACAGGCUUUAAAUUCGAUAGUCUCAAGCGUAGAGUCUAAUUGGCAGAAUGUAAGAGCUGUUCGCGUGGUGAUUAUACUAACCACUCGGUUGCUCAGUGUCUCAACUAAGGAAAAAGUGCACGAGACCUGUAUUCGUCUACUCUUACGUAUUCAGAUUAUUACAAUUGCGUGGACUAGAGAUGUUGUCCGCAUACUCCAUGAUUGCCAGGAGAAAGAUGAGCUUGAAUCACUAAAAAUUCGAGCCCUUGAACUGGCAUUGGCGUGCCAUGGUUCAUUCGACGUCGAAAUCAAUAAUCUUAAUAUUUUGCUCAGCUCCGCCGAAACUCAAACUAUUUUUAUCGAGAGCCUGAUCACAGUUCACGAUAGACGUCCUGCAUUAACUACUGGUCUUGGCAGUAUGAUCCAAUUUGGGUUGAGACGCUUUGAUAGAUUGAAUCAUUCCGCCGAAUCGAUUCUGCGUGGCAUCAUAAUCAAUGAAACCGCCGGUAUUGACAUGACCAUUCAAUCUCUCUGGUCUGGGUAUAAACCUGGAACCCCUUGGAAAGCACUUGAUCUGCCAAACGAAAGAUGGCUAAGAACGAAAACUGCAACAGUCAAUGGCCAAGAAUCACUAUUUGUUGAAUUGAACAUUUUAGACGGAGAAUUGCUCAUCAAUGGAUCUCCACUUGCUCGUCUACCUCGUGAUUAUGAAUCCCAUGCCACUUAUCAACGAAUCUUCGGACAGAAAAUGUUGGAUGUUGUCCCAUCAACAAUGCCCGGCAUGGCUUUUGAGACUAGGAAAGAUGUAUGUGGGCAACAAGUUCAUUUCAAAAUGCUCGGCGACGAAUUAGUGAUUCGAACCCGUAAAGGGGAUGAAUGCUUUGAGGUUAUUCCCAAGCACGUUCUCAUAGACGACUUUCAACAUUCGUUCACAGAAAACUAUAUAUUUAUGCGAAACGAUGAGACCGGUGUCAUACAACUGAGGCCAGUAGAUAUGCCAUGGAAUUCCUCGAACAGUGAAUGGAAAAUUACACAUUCUUCCAACCAAACUUUUCAUUUAAUCAACGGCUCCAUGUCAGCCAUUGAUAUCCGAAGCCCAACAGCUUGCGCUAUAUCAAAAAUCCUCGGAAAUUUAGAGACUCUAAGCCACAUCAACAUGACGCUGAAUCACCAAGACAAAAUCUUGGAGCUACGCCUCCCCCGCUUCAACCUCGACUUUUCCGUUACUGCAGGAGAUUGGAGACUUUUUUCUAAACAAUUUCGAGGAAUGUCCGUGGACAAAAAUCAGGAUAUUGGUACAUUCACUGGCUUGUUUAACAAACUUGUGUUGCGUAGCAACGACGACGCAACGCGAGUUGUGGUCGUUCCAGACGGCGAGAUUGUAUUUACGCGAGAAAAUGAACAUGUUCAAGUGAAAAUCGAUACAGCAUUUACGAGCUCCUGUAGUUAUCAUGACUAUCGAAUCGACCCUCAACUUGGCCGUCUGAUUGAUAAUGGAAGCCUGAAAACUUGUUUAUUCAGAUUAUAUCUUCAUUCUAUAACCUCAGAUGUUAUACCAGAUGCCCUCACAGGCAAGACUGGCACGGAAGAAGCAUUGAAUGGGUUAACUUCCUCAUCUGUAUGGUCAUUCUCAACGCUUUCCUCUAGCGAGAUAGGGUUGCUACUGAAGUUGAGAGAUUUAUCUCCACAAGUUGAAUACUAUCCAGCACAUAAAAAAUCUAUGCAGAUGAUUUCGUGGAAAAAUCUCCCAGUAUUAUCUCAACAUGAACGAUUCUGCAAGCAAGUCGAUCUCAUUUUCACACAUGCUAAGAAACUCGUGCCAUUUCAAACUGCGUCCGAUAAGGAGUACCCGAUUCCCAAAUCAAACGAUCGCAGCAAUCCUAUCCUGAUUUCGGCGGCUAUCAUUAGGAAUGCUGUUUAUCGCGUCGAUGGCUUUGGGGCAGAGGAGUUUACCACGAUUAAAGAUAAAGUAUACGACUCUCGGGACGGAAACUGUGAUGAAAGUCGACGUGCAGAUAUAUACCAAACCGCAGCGUUGGUAUAUUCGUGGUCACAGAACUUGAAGGUUUAUACGGGUUUAUUAGGAAUCAUGAGUUCUUUGUCAAGUCACAUCAUUGGACCUGGUGCAAUCUCAGAAAAUAUCAUUGGAUACGAUUCAAAGUGGUUAGAUACACCCGAGUCUUUCUUGUCUGAAACUUGGUGUGCAAUCUAUCAGCAGCUAUCAGCAAGUAUUGAAACUCGAGAUAAGUAUAAAAUCAUGAUCUUCUUGUCCACGUUGAUCUUCUCGAAAAAUGUCGACCAUUCGCUCGUCCAUACAUUUUUAGCAUUUGCUACAAUGCCGAUUUUUGAUUGCAUCAAAAUACCUCAAUAUCAGCUUUUCCCUCUGUGCGAAGGGUUCGAGCCUGACAGAAAUUCACUUAAAGCUCUCAUCGGCGCUCAGAAAUACGGCUAUGAGAACACACCUGCAAGCAAGCUUGUCAAGAAAGAAGCCGAAACUGAAUGGGAGGUUCACAGUCGAAGACAGCAGACUUAUAUUGACCAAAAUGAAUGUGCUGUUGAAACAGCCCUUCAACAUCUUUUGCUUCAAUGGCCAACUGACAAGCCUAUUGCGUCCACGGAUAAACAUUGUCAAACAUACAUUGACAUAAAAACUGCCACGGUUCAAGCCCAAGCAAAAUUUUCGUCUUGGUUUAAAAACAGCAAAUUCAAGGAAUACAUCCUGCUCCUGGAAUCAGCUCUCAAGAACUCAAACUCAAUUGAUUGCAUGAUCACUCAGCGAUGGUCAGAUUAUGCAAGGCCCACCAGUAAUUAUAAUCCGAACUUUGCUUAUAUUACCCUCAGGAAUCUUCUCCAAAAUGAACCUCCAACUCUUAUUGGUGAAAAUGGAUUGUUCCAGUUCGGUUCACUUCUGGUUAAGAUAUCCAAAUCGUUGGGCAAUGAUAAAAAUCAUAUAAAAGUCUCAGAGCUCUUGGUGGAACUUUCUCGAUACACUUCCGGAACAUUUGAGAAUCAAUACAGCCAUCACCUACAACAAAGUCUGGAUGCUUUGCACGAGAUACCAUGUUUUAAAUUAAAUCCCGCGGUGUCAGCUCACGAUUUCUCAGACUUUUUGGAAAGAAGUCAGGCACUGGUAGACAGCAUGUACCUCAGAAUUAAAGAGCAUUUGUUAAGUUCCAUAAGCGUGUUCGGAGCUACAGAGAACACGACGAUGCUUCCGCGCCUUUCUAGAACCACAAUUCUUGCUCUUAUUGCAACUUCGCAUCCUAUAAAGCUCUCGCAACAGUGGAAGCAGGCAAUUGUGCAUUUUGGCCUGGCUAUAACUGCCCUGCAACGUCUGAAGCGUCUGGUGGCUUGUUGUAGCAAUAAAGCAGAGCUUCUCAUGGAACUUUCAAACUCGGGACAUCAAGGGUGGGACCCGUUGUUGCAUCCGGACUGGCUACUACUUGAAUUGGAGAACGGAAUUCUGAUUCGCAAAGAUCAGGCUGAUAUCAGUAGUGAAAUGAUCGACCCAUCAUCAGGCGCGAACUCUGUCAUGCAAUUGAACAUGGGGCUUGGAAAAUCUUCAGUCAUUGUUCCACUUGUGGCAUCGGCUCUGGCAGACAAGACAAAGUUAUGUCGCGUCGUAGUUCUCAGAGCGCUGUCUAGACAGAUGAGAGAAUUGUUAGUAAGAAAGCUUGGUAAUAUGAUCAAUCGCCGUAUAUAUUUUGUACCAAUCUCACGUGCGCUACAAAUGAGUGCUGAAGGGGCAAAGCAGCUCCGAGAAAUUUACGAGACUUGCAUGGCUUCCGGUGGCGUACUUCUAGUACAGCCAGAGCAUUUACUGUCUUUUGAGUUAAUGGGUCUUGAGAUGGUACUUUCUGGAGAUCAAGAUGCAAAGGUUGUUGGUAAGGUAAUCAAUGACACCCAAGCAUGGCUACUCAAGAAUUGCCGGGAUAUCCUAGAUGAGAGUGACGAGAUAUUGAGUGUACGAUUUGAAUUGAUUUAUACCCUUGGCAGACAAAUGCCUAUCGAGUUUGCUCCUAACCGUUGGGUGCUAAUUCAAAGAAUAUUGUCGAUAUUGACUUCUUGUAUCAAGAAACUUGAUCGAAAAUACAAAGAUGAUUUCGAAAUAGAGAAUUUGCCGGAUAUUAGUGGUAAAUUUGCGAGAUUUCGGAUCCUACAGCCCGAACUCGGUGAUUUACUUCUUAAAAGGGUGGUACAAUCUAUCUGCGAUGAAGGACUCCCUGGAUUAUCAUUCUUCCAAUUUACCAAGAGCAAUCGAGACCUCUUAUACCGAUUUAUCACAGAUUCCAAGAUAGAUGAAGAAGUAAUUCAGCAUUCGAUAUUCGAUGCUGACUCCACGAAAAUGGGCCUUCUACUCCUUCGAGGUCUCUUUGCACACGGAGUUCUACACUUCGCCUUUUCACAUAAGAGGUUUCGGGUUGAUUUCGGUUUGGAUUUGAAACGAUCAUCACUAGCAGUCCCAUACCAUGGGAAAGAUGUGCCUGCAGCCGCAGCAGAGUUUAGCCAUCCAGAAAUGACUAUUUUAUUGACUUGCCUUUCCUACUAUUACGAAGGGCUAUCCAAAAGCCAAGCAAUACGGUGUUUUCGAGAGCUUUUGAGAUCGGACAACAGUCAAGGAGAAUACGAGAAGUGGACCAGAGAUUGCUCCAACAUUGAGACUGAAUUCAAGCAAUUAAGUGGCGUCAAUCUUGAUAACCUACAUCAAUGGUCUGAACAUGUAUACGCACAUUUAAGGCGUUCCAAAGAAAUGAUAGAUUUCUAUCUAAAUCACCUCGUUUUCCCAAAGGAGAUGAAGGAAUUUCCCAAGAAACUUUCUUCAUCGGGUUGGGAUAUUGCUCGGAUCAAAAACCACCCGCUCACUGGCUUCAGCGGAACAAACGACAGCAAGUAUAUCCUCCCGCUCUCAAUACAGCAACGAGAUCUAGAAGAACAACUUUCAACAAAUGCAGAAGUGCUCGCAUGCUUAUUGCAGUCUGAAAACAAAUUUGAUUCCACGGUCAAGAGUGAAGAUUUCAAUGCGGAAAUCCUCCUAAACCUUGCCGUAACGUCGAAACCUACAAUAAGGGUAAUUCUUGAUGUUGGGGCACAGGUUUUGGAGCUAAAAAAUGAAGAGGUUGCUAGUAGAUGGUUAGCAAAACUUCCAGUUACUGAGGUACACGCGGCGGUAUUCUUUGAUUCUUCAGAUGAGCUUUGCGUUCUGAACCGUGAUGGGGUGACCGAACCCCUCACUAUCUCGCCAUUUGCUAAGCAGAUGGACCGAUGUGUGAUUUAUCUCGAUGAAUCUCACACACGUGGAACAGACUUGAAACUUCCAGUCAGCUAUCGUGCUAUUGUUACACUUGGACCAGAUCUGAACAAAGAUCGUCUCGCACAAGCAUGUAAGCGUAUGAGAAAACUGGGAAAGGGCCAGUCAGUAUUAUUUUGUGCGCCGAAAGAUAUCCAACGAAAAAUAAUACACUCCACGAACAUGACCCAGUCUGACCAAAUCGAAGUCAAGCAUGUUCUUUUGUGGUGUAUAAGAAAUACAUUAGACCAAGUUCGAAAGUCUGUUGUACCUUGGGCAAUUCAAGGAAAGCGUCAUUAUGAGCGACUUGAGGCUCUAAGCGCAAAUCCUGGUAUUGUCCCUGCAUCUAUUCAAGAAGACGAAGCACAGAGCCUGGAAGAGAGAUACGGAUUCGGCAAAGAAAAAGCUGACGGGCGUUGGCUGGCUGACACAGCUCCUAACACAGACAUGGAAUACUCUGCCGAACUCAUCGCUAUUCGGAAGAAAUGUGCCCAAUUUGGUUUUAAUUCUUUUGCAGGUGCCAGUUUACACGAAGAACAAGAACGUGAAUUGCAACCAGAGAAAGAAUGGGAGAUACAGCGUGAGCAUGCCCCAAGUGUACCAGCUUCAAAACAUAAAUUGCAUGCCGAUGUCAGAAAUCUGGCCACGACCGGUGUUAUGGUCCACAGCGCUCCGAGUGGAUUUUUGCCUGCUUUUGAUGUUUUCAAGAACACAUCAGCAAAAGGAUUAUUCGAUAUAUCCAAGUGGCCCAGGGAUCUUUGGGUCACUCGAGACUUUGCGCAGACUGUGGUAAUGCACAAAUUUGGCGAGAUUGAUACAUUUUUACGUCCUGUCAACUGGGUCGUUACAUCUGAGGGCAAAAAUGGUUUGUCAUUCUGUGUAAUAUUUAGCCCUUUCGAAGUUCAAGAGUUACGCUUUGUCAUAGAACAACAUAAGAAAGUCAUUUUGAGCAUCUAUUCGCCACGCUUGAGCCUCUCUUCAAGGUCAUUCGAGAGCCUUGAUGUUCACAAAAUUCCAAAAGGUUCGAAGCUACCAUCAAUUCAUCCACGUAUUAUCAUGCUUUUAAACCUUUUUGCUGGGCAGCUAUAUCUUCGAAGCCACGAUGAAUACAUUCGCCUUUGCCAAUUCCUCGGACUCUGUUAUUAUCCGCCUCAGAAUGACGUCGAGAUUGGUUGUGAUAAUUUUGUUCCUUUAUCAAAUCGUGCAUCGUUCGAUCCCGUUAUGAAGGAGGUUUGCCCUUUCGAGGAGAGUCCGGUUGAUUUUCUACAAAAAGUAUUUGCGUUGAGACGAAAAGGGCAGAGUUUUGAGAAUACACAUAUGGGCAGGAUCCUGAAUGGAGAGUUAUUGAGUAGGAAUGAUUUCGAUGACGAUGGAGGUGGAGGUGGAGGUGAAAUUGACGGAGAGAUUGAAGAUGGUGGGACCGUUGAAUGAAAGCGAUGGGAGCAACGGAAUUAAAGGGUUAACGAGAUUGAUGAGCGCCUGAGUGAUGAAGACUUGUUCAGUAAGAUUCAUUGCCUUUGAAUCACUUGCAACUUCACACAGCUAUUUGUAUUGUAGAAUAUUAAGAUUCCCUUGCUGAGAGACCAAUUGUUUGCUCUUUGUCCUGCUUAUCAGAUCGCUGCGUAGACGAUGAUGUAGAUUGAGUUUAUUAUAAGAUUAUCGAAAUCUAGAAGUCC